AAGGCUACUCAACCACUCUUCCCUUUUCAACUUAUCUUCAUCCCCAACCCCUCUCUCUAAAAGUCUCCCUCCCUCUCCAUCUCUCUCACCCCCGCCCUUCAGUCAUGGAUCAUAACAGGAGAUGCCACGAAUUGACGUUCUUGCACUCCGGCAACUUCCUCCGUGAAGCCCCUGUCUCCACACCCAUGGCUGACUGCCAUGCUGGGAAUCCGAGCCACAACACGAUCAACCGGCCUCCGAUCAGAGAAGUGGACUUCUUUUCCGUAAACUCUCGGGACAAGUUCGAUGAUGAUAUCCGAGAGAUGAAGAUGAGUAAUGGAUCAAGACCGACAUCCAAGUCCGACCCCCGUGAUGGAUCAAACUUACUUUCUCUGCAUUCGGGAAUGACUAGGACAACGGGCGGUGAGGAUAAACCCGACGCCGAGUUGAGAGUGCUCGAGGUCGAGCUGGAGAGGUUACACGAGGAGAACCGGAAGCUAAGAAGCAUGCUGGAUCAUAUCUCCAGGAAUUACAGUAGCCUCCAGUCUCAGCUUCUCAUAGCCAUGCAAAAGCAAGCCCAUCAUCAGGUUCGUCUCCAAGAUAAGGAAGUCAUGAAGAGCAGGUCAAGUCCAAUUAAGUCAACUCAGCAGUUGACGGACCGAGGGCCACCAGAUGUAAAUGAUCCGAAAGUCCCCGAUGAGAAGACGACCGGAGAAGCCUCAUUCUCUCCAACAUCUAACAUGGAGGCUCUGUCCAAGGAAAGCGACCAUCUGAUUACUCCAAGGAACAAGUUCCGUCAAACCUGCAGUCUUAAUAAUGAGGAUGAUAAUGUCGAUCAGAUGUCUCAGAGCUGGGGUUCCCCAAGAAAUGAUCCAAUAUUGAAGCCGGAACAAGCCAAAGAUGACCAACCGGAGCCGGCCUUCCGGAAGGCCAGGGUGUCGGUCCGAGCUAGAUCUGAAGCCCCAUUGAUAAGUGAUGGCUGCCAAUGGAGGAAAUAUGGUCAAAAGAUGGCGAAGGGCAACCCUUGUCCUCGAGCAUACUAUCGGUGUACCAUGGCUGCUGGAUGUCCGGUGCGCAAGCAGGUGCAAAGAUGUCCCGAGGAUAAGGGUAUCUUGAUAACAACCUAUGAAGGGAAUCACAGCCACCCUCUGCCACCAGCGGCUAUGGCGACGGCCAGCACCACCUCGGCUGCGGCAGCCAUGCUUUUGUCAGGAUCAACCACUAGCAAGGAAGGCCCAGCUAAUAACAACUCCGCCCUAUUAUUCCCUUCGUCCAUUCCAUAUGCCUCAACGAUGGCCACGCUCUCGGCCUCUGCCCCAUUCCCCACUAUAACCCUAGACUUGACCCAAACUCCCAACAGUCUCAUGCAAACAUUUCCACGUACCCAUCUACCACCCUCAACUUCCACGUUUCCCUUUCCCUUGCAUGGCUAUUCCCAGCUUGCUGGGCUAGGGUUGGGGCAUACGAUGUACGGUGAUGGCAGCAGUCCUGGACACCCGAAGCUUCCCGUGCUACCAGUACCGGCCAUGCAACUCGGGCAGCACCAGGCUUCCCUUUUCGAGACGGUCAAAGCCGCCAUCGCCUCUGACCCAAACUUCACUGCCGCCUUGGCUGCCGCCAUAUCCACUGUCAUCGGUGCGCCUCCUGGCAGUGCAGAUGGAAGCAAUGGCGGCGGCAAUGGUAGGAACGAGAAUUCCACCAUGGCCGGCAUUGCUCCGGUGCUACCUGGGUCCCCGCAUCUUCCUCAAUCUUGCACCACUCUCUCCACCAACUCUUGAGUCUAUAAUUGCCCACACACGUACCUCUAGGGUUCAUCCCAAAAUACAUUUCAAAGUCCCCUUUUCUUAAAGUUGGGAACGUGCGUGCACACCUCCAUUGGCCGGCUGGCAUCAUGUUGAUUAAAUUCAUCGAAUACUCUUGAGGUACAAGUUGAAUCUUCUGAUCAACUUGACGUUCUAUACCAACUCGUUCUUGCAAUUGCAGUGAGUCGGGAUAUAUAAAAUCAGUUCCACAUUUAUUUUCCCGAAUAACCUUGACUAUAAUGUUUAAUAACUUCAUGUUUGCCAGCCUUGAAGCUGCCGCUAGAGUGGAGUAUAAUGCAGGUCGGGUGGGUAAAUGUUGUAGAAGAGAGUUUUACCCGGAAGCUACCUUUGUACAAAAAUAGUUAAUUAAUAUGUCUUGUAUGAUAAGGUGAAUACAAUGAAGAAGACACAACCACGUACAUUUUUACCCUUGCAUAUAUUUCCUGUUCAUAUAUAUCUAUCAAUGCAUAUAUUUGUGCCUUA